AUGUUCACCAAUACCCUUUUUCUAUCUUCUCUUGUUUGUUUAAUUGUUGUUUUCGUCAGUCCCAUUGAUGUUGUUAUUAGUGCUGAUGAAUCAAUUCUUUUGAGCUGCGGCUCAAACGAUGGUGGCAUGGAUUCGGAUGGCCGAAAAUGGGAGUCGGAUGCCAAAUAUACUUCUAGUGAAUCUAAAAUGACCAAAGCUACAAAUCAGGAUUCUUCUUUACCUUCUGCAAUUCCAUAUAUGACUGCCAGAGUUUUUACAAAAGAAGGAACCUAUAAACUAACAGUAAAAGAAAACCAGCGCUAUUGGAUUAGAUUUUAUUUCUAUCCUGCAACUUAUCCGGACCUGAAAGUCACCAACUCAUAUUUCUCUUUGGAUGCAAAUGGUAUUACCCUCUUGAAUAAUUUUAGUGCUUCAAUCACUGCUGAAGCCACUGAAAGAGCUUACAUUUUUAAGGAGUAUUCUCUGGCUCCAAUGAAUUCUGGUAGUCUGGAACUCAAACUUAGGCCUUCUGAUAAGUAUCCUGGAAGUUUCGCUUUUAUUAACGGUAUAGAGUUGGUUCCGAUUCCGGGCUUGUUUGAUAAAGCUCCGUUGGUUGGAUCGAAAGACAAAAAUAUGGAGUUUCAGAGUUCGAAUAUACAGACGAUGUUCAGAUUGAAUGUUGCAGGUCAGUAUAUUCCUCCCAAGGAUGACUCUGAUGGUCUAAAGAGGAGUUGGUAUGAUGAUUCGCCUUAUAUAUGGGGAGCUGGAGUUGGGGCCAAUAUUAAGGCUGAAAAUACUACAAUUCAGUACGGAGAUUUGCCAUCCUAUAUAGCCCCUUUAGAUGUUUACUCAACUGCAAGAUCAAUGGGACCUAAUCCUGAUGUGAAUUUGGGUUACAAUCUCACUUGGAUUUUUCAAAUUGAUGGUAAUUUCACAUACCUAGUGAGGCUACAUUUCUGUGAGUUCGUAAUGGAUAGUGAGAAUCAGAGAGUGUUCAAUAUUUACAUCAAUGAUCAGCCUGCCCAGGUAUCUCCACACCCAGCUGAUGUAAUUGCCUGGACCAAAAAAAAAGAUGUGCCCACAUAUAAAGAUUAUGCCAUAGUUGUUGAUGAUAAGCCGGGUGAUAAAGAGCUGCGAGUUGCAAUGUCACCAUCGCCUGUGUCAAAGCCUGAAUAUUAUGAUGCAAUUCUGAAUGGAUUAGAGAUAUUCAAGAUAGCAAAUGGGAAGAACUUGGCAGGUCCUAAUCCGAAGAAGGAAGAACCGCCGCCCAUGGUUGAAGAUAAGUCAAAGUCUUCUGAGAAUGAAGAUAAUAAAACUAACAUGAAUGUGAUUGGAGGAGCUGUUGGAGGGGUUGCUGCAUUUGGCCUGAUCGCUGCAUUGUGCAUUGUUGUUUCCCGAAAGAAGAAGAGAGUCGCUGGCCAGGACACAUAUACUUCAAGCUGGCUGCCUAUUGGACAAAGUCAUACAUCAAGCAAAUCAACAAUCUCCGGAAGGAGUAAUGGUAGUAGUCACAUUUCAGCGAUGGCUCAGGGUCUUUGCCGCCGCUUCUCGCUCCCAGAGAUUAAACAUGCUACCAAGAAUUUUAGUGAAUCUAAUGUCAUUGGUGUUGGAGGUUUCGGAAAGGUCUAUAAAGGAGUUAUUGACGAUAAAAUGAAAGUGGCUAUUAAGAGAUCAAACCCAUCUUCAGAACAAGGAGUUAAUGAGUUUUUCACUGAAAUUGAGAUGCUUUCAAAGCUAAGACACAAGCAUUUGGUAUCUCUGAUUGGAUUCUGUGAGGAGGAUAAUGAGAUGUGUUUGGUUUAUGACUACAUGGCACUUGGAACUCUGAGGGAACAUCUAUAUAAAACUAAAAGGCCAAAACUUUCAUGGAAGCAAAGGCUGGAUAUUUGCAUUGGAGCAGCCAGGGGUCUUCACUACCUCCACACAGGAGCAAAAUACACUAUCAUUCACAGGGAUGUCAAGACAACAAAUAUUCUCCUGGAUGAGAAUUGGAUUGCCAAGGUUUCAGAUUUCGGCCUGUCGAAAACUGGUCCCAACAUGGAAAAUGGCCAUGUUAGUACUGUAGUAAAGGGCAGUUUUGGUUACUUGGAUCCUGAAUAUUUCCGGAGACAACAAUUGACAGAAAAAUCUGAUAUCUACUCUUUCGGAGUAGUUCUUUUCGAGGUAUUGUGUGCAAGGCCUGCUCUUAAUCCUAACCUUCCGAAAGAACAAGUCAGUCUGGCUGAUUGGGCUCUGCAAUGUAAAAGAAAAGGGGUUCUGGAGGACAUCAUUGAUCCCCAUAUAAAGGGGCAAAUCAGCCAGGAAUGCUUAAACAAGUUCGCCGAUACAGCUGAGAAGUGCUUGUCUGACGUUGGAUAUGAGCGUCCCUCCAUGGGAGAUGUAUUGUGGAAUCUUGAGUUUGCACUCCAAUUAGUGGAUAACCCUGAUGGUAUAUCAAUUAGUGGUAGAAGUUAUAGUUCUGAAGAUGCACUAAUAACCAGAUACAAUCCUACUGAGAAUGAGCACGAAAAUAGUGAUGGAUCUGAUGGCAGUAGUAUCAUCUUCUCACAGAUAGUAAAUCCGACAGGACGAUGAUAAUCUUUUUAUUAUUAAUCUGCUGAUUGCUUUUCUGCCAUUGAGAUGAACAUGAAUGAUUAUGAAGGAUCAAGGCCAUGGAACUCUAGAUCUCUUGCAUUUUCAACCAGUUAAAAUUCUUUCUGUUCUCAAAAAGGGUGAUGCUUUUUUUUUUUUUUUAAAUUUUUGUUUUUCCUUCUAGUAUAAAUCUAUAGACGCUUGUGUAUGUUGUGUGAGUUCAGAAAGAGAAUUAAGUU